AUGGCAGAUAAAAAACCAAGGUUCCGCGUGGUGAUUGUUGGCGGGUCGAUUGCAGGCCUGAGCCUCGCCCACUGCCUGCUCCGGCAACAAGUUGACUUUGUGGUCUUGGAGUCCCAUCAGGAUAUCGCACCGCAGGUCGGCGCAUCAAUCGGCAUUUUACCAAACGGGGCUCGGAUCCUGGAUCAACUAGGUUGUUUUGAUGAUAUUUUAGCUGCCACAGAGCCCCUCCAGGAAGCAAGCUUCUGGAAUGCUGACGGCAAGCUCAUCGCCCAGAGCAACCUUCCCAAGAUCCUCGAAGAUCGCCACGGGUAUCCGUCGGUAUUUGUGGACCGGCAGGUAGUGCUCGAGGUUCUUUUCCGGCAGCUUGGGAAAUGGCAAGAUCACAUCUUGACCGGGAAAAGAGUCGUCAAGGUCGACCAUCUUCCUGAUGGCGUCAGGGUUCACUGCGCGGAUGGAUCGGUGUUUGAGGGCGACCUGGUUGUUGGUGCUGACGGGGUGAGAAGUGUGGUUAGGCAGCAAAUGUGGAACUAUAUGGAUUCCAAGGGACUUGUGAAGGAGGCCUCAGAGGAGCGUGCAGCAAUGGUCUCCGAAUAUAGCUGUGUUUUCGGCAUCUCCGCCGCAACUCCCGGUUUGGUUCCCGGCACCAGCCACCGAACCUUUGGCCGGGAUUGGUCCUUCCUCACUAUCAUCGGGAGGGCGGGCAGGGUAUAUUGGUUUUUCUUCAAAAAGUUUGACCGAAAGUACUCUGCUACUGAAAUCCCGCGCCUGGAUCAGACCAUGGUCGACCAAUAUGUUGCCCCCUACCUCAAGAAGCCCAUUAGCAGUACCGUGCCGUUUGAGAAAGUAUACACUAGAGCUAUGAGCAAGACUCUACUGGCCUUGGAAGAAGCGUGUUUCAAGCACUGGGCCAUCGACCGCUGGGUUUGCAUUGGCGACUCCGCGCACAAGAUGACCCCUAACCUAGGCCAAGGAGGCAACAGCGCAAUUGAAAGCGCUGCGGCGCUCGCUAAUUGUCUUGCUAGACUCCUUCAGUCCUCUUCAGAUCCGACAGUCUCAUACACGGAGCUAGACAACUACUUGCAGUCCUGGCAAGAGAAACGACGGCCCCGUGCGCAACGCAUCUGCAAGGACGCCCAGGGCCUGACUCAACUAGAAGCCUUGAAGACUAUCAAGGACAGGGUGGUCGGGCUCUACCUUCUGCCAUACCUCGACGAACACCUGGCCAACACAACAUCGAAGACCAUCGUUGGAGCGGAAAAGAUUGAAUACCUCCCCGCGCCAGCCAGGUCUUUAACGUGUAAAAUGCAAUUCACUGACUCCCUGCCGGCGCAGAAGGUCACCCUUUGGGAGCGAGCACUUUGGACUGCGCCGCUUCUAGGUAUAUUUGUCGUCAGCAAAGCCUCGCUGGCACCGUUGAUCUCGGCGUUUGGGCGGCAUCUGCAAUCCACGUUGGAGAAGGGGACUUGGGGUGCUGCGAAUGGGGAGGUGCUCGACCUAACGAGGCCUUUCUACCACAUCGGCUUUCUUGAUAAACUCAUGAGGCCUCUUGUAACUUGCUUUUUACCUUCAGUCACCGGAUCCGAUCCUCAAUCGCAUCUUCAGAUGCUGUCAUUUAUGACCGACCUGGGACCGAUCUACGGUAUUUGGCUACUAGAGAGCUACCGCAAUGCGCACUCUUUGUUUGAGGUUCUCCUGCCGCUGGCAGCAGGUACCAUCUUCCAACUGCUAGGCAUAUAUCAAGUCGCCCCUCUCUUCCUCGCCCAAGAGUAUCUCCGUAAUCCCCUUUCCAAGCUCCUCGUCGGCGACAACAGGAAGAUAAGCGGAAGCCUGGUUGGGUCUCUGACCAUCGCCACCAUAGCCGGAUACCACACAAUUACAUAUGCCAAUUUCCUCGCGUCCACCCUCAAAUCCAGGCAGUGGUAUAACGCCCUCUGGCAGGUUUUUCCGCUCACAACGCCUCUCCUUCAAGGCGCUAUCUACCUGACAGCACGCGCCCUCAGCACAGCACGUCAAUAUCACCAAACAUCGACGCCCCAGAAGGACACCCCGCGACAGCGAAAGCAACGCCACUGCACCCCCACUCGCUACGUAUCCCGCACCCUCGCUCUAAUCUCAGGCCUCACCUUCCUCUACGCCCGGUUCCGCGCGGCCUAUCUCCCUGUCUCAUUCCCCGCCCUCUUCCUCCCCUCCGCCCAGGACGCUCUAGCGCCAGUACCCUCGCUCAGCGAUGGCAUCGCGCGGUUCUUGAAAUUCGACGAGCUGAUCGCCUCGGCGAGCGGGUUUGUGUGGCUGGCGCUGCGGUUCCGCGAGCUGGAGGCCGCGGGGGCAAGGGUCCCCUGGGUCAAGGGGUGUUGUGGGUUUGCGGCUUCGCUGGUGACGUUGGGACCUGGGGCUACCUUUGCGCUUGGGUGGGGAUGGCGCGAGGAAGUUAUGGAGCAGUUGGCGAGAGAGAGGGGGAGUAGUCGGUAA